AUGAGCACUAGGCUCUCGCAAAGUUCGCUGGAACUGUCAGAGAACAACCCCAUCUCUAGUCUAGGCGGGAUGGCUCUGGAUUCUUUCGAUGUCACAUGUUCCCGCAACCCCGACCACGGCUCUGAGACGCAUAGCUUGGACGGUUCCAUGGGCUUGCAGCAAUCCUUAGUAGAUGGGGGAGGUGAACCCAUUCCGUCGCGACUAUUGAUGCCUUCAACCAACAUCCCGGAUACGGUACCGGAUCGUCAAGCCAUCGGUGGUAGCGGCCCAAGACAACAUGAAGAUACCAGCCCUCGGCAUGAUGGCAACUCGACAGCAUCGCCGUCAGCCCAGGUCAACUGGGAAGACCCUGAAGAGGAGCAUCUCAUCAGGCACUACCGGCAGACCGUGUCGAAAGUCCUGAUGCCCAUUUCAAACCAUUCCAAUAACCAUUGGGCGCAUCUCUACCUACCACUGGCGCUGGAGAGCCCAGCCUGCGUGGCAACGUCGGCUCUCCGCAACGCAACCCUCGCCGUCUCAGCCUUGCAUCUGUCGCAGAGUCCGGAUGCACCCCCAAGCUCAACUCUCUCUGCCAAGGCCUCGUCCCACACAAUCGAAGCAAAGCGGCUUAUCAAGGAGUCACUAGAAAGUCAGCCCCCAGAGUCCAAACCUCAUAAGCUUGCACUGUUGGCCGCCACCCUCACUCUCAUUACGAUGCACGGCUACGACUCUAGGCAGGAUGACUUCAAGGAGUACUUUGACCUGGCACGAGAGGUCAUGGAAGCCACAGGUUCCAUUGCCUUCUGGAAGUCGCCCGGCGAAUGCAGCACGCUCUUCCAGAUAUUCCGAGGCUACGAAGUAAUUGCCACAACCGCGCAAGAGCGGUCGUCUGCUCGGGUGGUCGAGGGCGAGAAUGAAGAGGGCGAGCCUUCACUGGAGACACCGACAUGGUCCCUGAAUGAGAUGGGCUGCGCCGGGGCGGCCGAAUCUGAGGACUCAGGCUCCUCAGCUUCUCAAGAAGUCUUCUCUCCGGGUGAGCAGUAUGUUCUAGACAGCUCCUUUGGCGUCGGCAUUCAGACGAUUUCUCUCUUGCACCGAAUCCUGCGCAUGGACCGGCAGUUCUCCCGCUGGAACCCCAGCCGUGGCGACGAUAUGCAGCUGAUAGGGGACUUUGAGCAGGUCAGGCAGCAGCUAUACGACAUCUCAACCAACCCCGAGGCCUUCAACUCCAACCUGUCGUCCCGCGAUGCCAACUACGGCCAGGCGGGCGAUGUAUGGUCUCGCGAUCCGCUCGACGGAGUCACCGUGGAAAGCCCGCUGCUCCCCGCCAUGCUGCGCGACGAGCUCCUGGAGAACCACCAGUGGGCCUUCCACUACGCCGUCAUCCUCUUCUUCGGCCGCCUGUUCGAGACGCCGCAGUCCAUCCGCUGGAACGCCCGGUACAUUGGUAACGGCGAGCCGACAUGGACAAAGUCCAAGAGCCCCUUUACCAACUACCAGCUUCUGGUGGCGCGCGUCUUCGACCACCUCGAGAACCUCGAGUCCCUCACGCGCGGCACCACGGUCCUGCCGGCCAACACCCUCUGGCCCGCCUUCAUCGCCGGCGUCGAGGCUAUCGACGUCGACAAUCGGCAGAGGGCGCUGCUGUGGUUCCGCCGCGCGUCCAAGAGGCGGUUCGGCAACGUCGCUCGGGCCAAGCAGCUGCUUCUCGAGGUCUGGAGGCGGGUUGACCGCAACAUUGACUCGAGCGGCCAUCUCCCUCGUUCUUCGCAGAGCUUGAGCGGGGUUGAUUGGAGGCAUGUUAUGAGGGAGCGGGGGCCUCCGAUUAUGCUUACUUGA